AUGUAUUCUAGCACCUCUUACCCAUCUUCCUCUACUUCAGGGCCUUCACAAGAAUCGCGAACGUUCUCAUAUGCGCACCCGCAUCCUGCAAACCCGACCUUCACUGUAGCUGGUAUGCCGCCACAAGCUGCGGGCAGUCCAAGGGUACGCGGAAAUACGCUUGGCGGUAGUACUUAUGGGAUGGGAUUUGGUGGGUCUCUGGGUAUGGGCCCGCCAUACGUCGAUGGAUUAUCGCACCCUAAACACCAAUACCAGACCGGAUACUUGAUCUCCGUCCAACCAAGCGGCCAACAAGGCAACCAGCGCUCCGACGAAGUGCCUCUCAUACAGACGAAGGCGAAAAUGAACCAGAUGUUUGCAGGCAGUUCUGCCUCAGACUUUGGGAUGGACUCCAUGUUUGAAACUUCGAGACAACGACAGAGACAUGUAUUGGCGGGGGAAGACGCGCCACCCACAGCCUCGCUCAAUGAUAUGAUGAACGAAGUAUACACAGAUUCGGGCCCGUCGCGUGUGCGCUCCUCUACGUUUAAUGCCUCGACCAGUCGCACUUCCGCCUUCCGUUCGUCUCAGUCCACGACUCCCAAACCCGGACCUAUACCCACGUCGCAGUCCCCACCGCUCUACAUAAUCGUCUUUGGCUACCCGCCAGAUAAGUACAGCGUCACCGCGGAGUACUUCCGCUCGCUCGGCGAGACGACACCCCCCGAGCCUAGCACGGAGCUUUCGAACUGCUUCCGCAUCGGGUUCGUGCAUCCCGUCGAGGCGAUGCGCGCGGUGCGCAAGAAUGGGGAGGUCCUGGGUGGGUCGUGGAUGGUCGGCGCGAAAUGGGCGGAUCUCAAUCAAGCGGAAGCGGUUUUGGGUCCCGCCGUUGUCCGUGGCUUGUACUCGCAGUCCGAGGAGGAAAGCCAGGAGGGAGCCUUGCCAUCCACGUCCCCGCCCGGCGAUGCGAUCUUCCCACCAGGCUCUGGCGCAGACGUUCCAGAGACGGUCGGCACGCCACUCAGGCUCGCGCCGUCCAUGGCGGCGUUCCGCAAGCCUGCCACGGGCGCGCAUGCGACGCCGCAGAAGACGGGCGCGGGCCUGCCCGGUGUGGUUAACCUAAACGCGAUGCAGGGGUCUGCGACAGUUCAGCAGUCCCCGAGCAAAGGCAUGUUGGAGCAGGUGUCGGAUCUCAUUUUUGGAUGGUAG